GCUCUGCGAUUCGCAGACAACAUCAACAGGUUUCACCAGACUCUUGAUCGCCUAAUCUGAACCUCACCCUAGCGGUUCUACAAGUCCUCACAUACUCAACAUGGCCGAGAAAACCUCCGACGAGACGCUCGCUCACCUUACGCGCAUUAGCCAGAAGCCUGGAGUCCAGAGCACGCUCAUCCUCUCACGCGAGAAUGGAGCUAUCGUGCGCACGUCAGGACUCAUCUCAAAUUCGACGUCCGCAAACCCAAACAGCGCCUUGCCUGCUUCCAACGACGCCACACCGGACAACUACACAAAUGGCAAAAAAGAGGGUGGCAUACAAAAUGCAGAGGACGUGGCGAGCAAGGUGUGGUCGUUCCUUACUGCUGCAGGGGCCCUAGUGGACGGCUUGUACGAAGAGGAUGAGGUCAAGCUGUUGCGGUUGCGGACCAAGAAGAAUGAGCUCGUCAUAAUACCAGAUACGAAAUUCAUCCUGGUUCUCGUACACGACACACCACCAGCUUGAGCGCAUCUGCAGCGUGCAGCAGCGCUUGUUCAAUAGCCGUUCUCGCGACACCGAACGUCCUCCCUGGCAGCCAUUUCAUUCUCA